UUUGAUUCACAAAAAUAAAAUAAAAAUAUGAGGAAAUGUGACUAGAUUAAUAACAAAACAAAUUGAAAAUAAAUCAUCAUAUGGUUUAACCUGUACACGGACCUCAACGACUCUUCAAUGAGGUGAGAAUCCUCGGAGCAUGUACUUGAGUUUCAUCAGCUGGCACCCGGUCUACCUUUUCUUUCUUAACUUUUUUUUUAUUUUUCGACUGUCUCAUCAGCCCUUCGGAGUUAAGUCUCCCCCCACAUUAAAUAUACCUCGGUCCUCGGACUCGGCUCGAUUCCUCUCUUUUUUUCCCGAAAAAAAAAAUUUUUUCCGACUCACGGCUCCCCACGCGUCAGACACGUGUGCAGGUAUGUGAGACCAAUCAGCUAAGCAAUGAAGUCUAAUGUAAUGUACAAGAGAGCGAGAGAGUGAGGGAGGCGAGGAUCAAAGUGCCACUUGCGAUUGACGAGAAGGGUAACGAGGGAAGGGAUAGAUAGGGGAGUAAGAGAAUGUGCUUGUAUAUGUAUAUAUAUAUAUAUAUAUUUAUAUCUUUUUUUUUAAAGUUAACUUUACGUAUAGUCCUCUCCCUCAUGGCUACUCCAGAAAACUCGAGCAGGAGCACCAGGUGCACGCGUUAUCUAGGGAUGAGCACGGAAUGAGGUGGGACCAUAUGUUGAUGCAUUGGAGAACGCCCUGGCACGCGCCACACUCAAACUCGAACCUUCGCAUCGUGAGGACGAGCUCUCAAGUUAUUUCGAUUUUAUAACAAACUAAAAUUUUAUUUAAAAAAAUUUAAACCUCUCAGGUAAAAUAAAACAAGUUCGAGCAUUUCAUUGAAAUAAAAGUAACGUAGAGUAAAAAAGUCGACAGUGAUGAUAAUACAAUCGAUAAUUAUAAUUUUACUAUAUAUUUUUUUACUUUGACACUCGAAAAAAUAUUUAAAAAAGUUAAGUGAUUGAUGUCCAUGUGAUGUGCAUUGUCUGAGUUUAAAACCCGCCGAAGGACACUUUCUUCGCGCGGGUAAUCUGUUAUUCUCAUAUGCUCAGUAUUAAAUAAAGUGUACAAUUUAUAUAAAUUUAAUAAAGGAAACUAUACUUUUUAAAUUAUAUUUACAAUGGCUUUGCUGUCAAAUCAAGGAAUGUAUCAUCAAUCAACCGACAUGAUUAACAAUUAUCAAACCCCAACGAGAUCUUACGAUCCACUCUAUCCAUCACCAUACAACUCACCAGACUACGACAAUUUGCCAGCUAACUACAGGGAUCAUUAUACCGCGAAUGUUAAUAAUCUUACGCCUAGAAGAGAUUUAGAAAAUAUCGAGUUUCCAAGUGAUCAAUGCCAUGAGUAUGCUAAAACUCCAGAAGGAUAUGAAAGAGAGCCUUACGGUGUCCUUACACCUUUAACUCCACAAAAAUUUGUAACUCAUGGCUCUCUUGAACACGUCACAUCACCACGUUCUACGUUGUAUGAAGACAACUCAAUGGAGUGUCAGGUACCUGUUUAUUGCUAUGAGACACCACCACAAGAACCCAGAUACCUCAUUGACAAUGACACGUGUCAACGGAGCAGCGCAGACGCAAGGAAAAAUUAUUGGGAACCUGUUGCAAGCCAAGGUCAAGAUUCGCCGACUUCGAGCCCAAGAAGAGGAAGAAGAAGAUCUCGCAACGUACCGCCCUCACCUAGUAUCGUAAAACGCCGAAGGUUGGCAGCAAACGCACGAGAAAGACGUCGCAUGAAUGGCCUCAAUGACGCAUUUGAUAAACUGCGCGAAGUGGUACCGAGUUUUGGCGCCGACCACAAAUUGAGCAAAUAUGAAACUCUUCAGAUGGCCCAGAGCUACAUCGUCGCUCUAUGCGAAUUAUUAGAACAGCACGACGGUAAAGUUUGAAAUUUUCUUAGCGAAAUUUAUAUUUUUGUAAAGACAAAUAAAAAUAUGUUUAGUUUUAUAAUUGUAUUAUUAAUUGAAUUUAUGGAGGGCAAGUUUAUUUUUGUAGAAAAAAAAAAACUAGUUGAUUAAUUGUAAAUUUGCAUGUUAAGAACUCGUCGAUUUUUAAUUUAAUUAUUUAUCUGUAUAUUUAUUAGUUUGAUUUAUUUGUUAACUGCUGAAACAGCUAAAAAUCCAAAGAGUGUGCAAAAAUAAAAAUAUUACUCGGCACUUGAUAGAAUGAUUUUAUGAAAUUUUUCCAAAGUGCCUAAUGUAUAUUGUAUUUUUAAUUAUAAUUUAUUUAUUUAAUUAGUUAAUUAUAAAUUAUUUAGUUUCAAUUUUAAAAUUCAUUUAGAAAA